AACCGUAGCCAGUCGGUCUCGCGCUUUACGCGUGUGCGCAUCGUUCGGAGCGUUUGCGUCGUGUAUAUCGCGGGUACUCUAUCUCUCUCUCUCUCUCUCCCUUUCGCGCGCGGAGAUCUCCCGAGCGCGCAGCCCCCAAGGGGAGAAAAUAACGUUCUCUCUCGCUAUCGGUACGACGACAGGCUGUGGUACCGAUUAUCGCACGCGCUUCCUUCGACCGAUUCGCGUUACCCUUUUUUUCCGGAUCCCUUUCGGAACCCUUUCCCCUCCCCCUCUUCUUCACGCAGUCACUCACGCACACACGUCCCCGUCCCCGUCCCCCUCGCUGUCCCCGGAAGGCGCCGGCCGAGAACGAUGCCGAGGAUGUGAGCGACGCAUCUGGAGCGAAGCGUCCUGGUCGCCGGUGCGAUGGCGCAGAAAUGGUGACGAAUUUCAGUAUCGAACAUCUGGCCGCUCGUCCUGAGGGACACAUAGACCAGAAGUAAGGAUGGCCUUUCACUGGGAUAAGCUUUCGCCAGCUGAAUUCCAACAACUUCAGGACUUGGCAGCUUAUUCCACGCGGAAACUCCAGGAUGUUCUGGUCGAAUUUUGCGGGAGCAACACCACACCGGCUGGCGUGCCGAAAUAUCAUCCGGAUGGAGACAUCGACUACGAGGGUUUCCGCAAGUUUCUGAACUCGUAUCUGGAGAUCGACACGCCCGAUGAGCUGUGCCGGCAUCUCUUCCUGUCGUUCGUCAAGAAAAGCGCACGCGGGGUGGACAGCAAGGCUUUCAAGGAGAUGGCCGUACUCUCCUCGACAACCGCCUGCGCCGCAAUUACAUCGCACACGACUUCCAGCAGUAACGUUAAUAGCACCGGCGUGCCGGGCAUCGCCGCCGCUGCCACCGCCACCGAAAGCCACAGCAGCGGCGGGUCCUCGCUGGCCGACAAAAUUCACGGAAUUACGGAAAAAUUGCAAGCGCUCAGCCACCACAGAACGGAGAGUGAAGUCUCCAGGACGCGGACAGGAAGCGUGCAUCCGAUGUUAACGGUCACUCACACAUCGUAUAGCUGCCACGACGUGCUGGAGAAGAAGAGCACGGACAGCAGCCCGAGCCACAGUCAGAUGUCGCGGAAUUCGUCCAGGAAGUCGAACAAUUCUCUCCUCGUCAACAACGGGAAAUUGGAAGAAAUGAGGCACCUCGUCAGGAAGCAGAGCACGAUAGAUGUCCACUCCGUGAAAGUCAGCCUGAAGGAUAUCGUUUGUUACCUGUCCCUACUGGAAGCCGGCAGACCUGAGGACAAAUUGGAAUUCAUGUUCCGGCUAUACGACACGGAUGGAAAUGGUGUCCUUGAUACAAAUGAGAUGGACUGCAUCGUGAAUCAGAUGAUGAAUGUCGCGGAAUAUCUCGGCUGGGACGUUACGGAAUUAAAGCCGAUUCUGCAGGACAUGAUGCUAGAGAUCGACUACGAUGCGGAUGGUACGGUCUCGUUGGAGGAGUGGAAACGAGGCGGCCUCACGACAAUCCCCCUUUUGGUUCUUUUGGGUCUGGAUUCCCACGUGAAGGAGGAUGGGAACCAUCUGUGGAGGUUGAAGCACUUCAGUAAACCCGCUUACUGCAACCUCUGUCUAAACAUGCUAGUUGGCCUCGGCAAGAAAGGGCUCUGUUGCGUUUUUUGCAAGUAUACGGUGCAUGAGAGGUGCGUGCAGAGAGCACCAGCCUCCUGUAUAGCCACUUAUGUCAAGAGUAAGAAGACAUCCCAAACGAUGGUUCAUCAUUGGGUCGAAGGCAAUUGUCAUGGAAAAUGUUCCAAGUGCAGAAAGACGAUCAAGAGUUAUAACGGUAUUACCGGCUUGCACUGCAGAUGGUGUCAGAUAACCCUGCAUAAUAGAUGCGUGUCGCAAGUACGAGCGGAAUGUACGCUCGGCGAGCAUGCGGUGCACAUCCUUCCACCUACGGCGAUUUGUCCCGUUGUUCUGGAUAGACAGAGGUCGUUUUCGAGAGACAGCAAACGAGGUAGCAAGUACGGCCAGGACACCUCAUCUGUUAGUUCCGGCGGUUACUUGACAUGCGGCAGUUCGUCGAGUCAGCAACCGGCUAUGUCCUUCCAAAUCACACCUCCGUCUGGCACGAUGCCGCUUUUGGUAUUCAUAAAUCCAAAGUCGGGCGGCCGGCAAGGGGAGCGAAUGCUACGAAAAUUUCAAUAUAUCCUGAACCCCCGGCAGGUCCAUAAUUUAGCGAUUGGCGGACCCAUGCAAGGCCUGCAGAUGUUUAAGGAUGUGGAGAAUUUCAAAGUGAUUUGUUGCGGCGGUGACGGCACAGUUGGUUGGGUCCUGGAGACUAUGGAUCGAGUGCAGUUCGAAUAUCAACCUGCCGUUGGCGUUAUUCCUCUCGGUACAGGAAACGAUCUUGCCAGGUGCUUGCGUUGGGGCGGUGGCUACGAAGGAGAAGCGGUACACAAGGUUCUUAAGAAAAUAGAGAAGGCAACGCCGGUAAUGAUGGAUCGUUGGCAAAUAGAUGUUCUAGACCAAAAGGACGAAAAGAAACCGAAUCAAGACAGCAUACCGUAUAAUAUUAUUAAUAAUUACUUCUCGGUGGGCGUUGAUGCCGCUAUUUGCGUGAAGUUUCACAUGGAAAGGGAAAAGAAUCCCGAGAAAUUUAAUAGCAGAAUGAAAAAUAAGCUGUGGUACUUUGAGUACGCGACCACGGAGCAAUUCGCCGCGAGUUGUAAAAACCUUCACGAGGAUCUCGAGAUAAUCUGCGAUGGUACGCCUUUGGAUUUGGCUCAUGGACCAUCUCUGCAGGGCGUCGCAUUGUUAAACAUUCCUUUCACUCACGGAGGUUCGAAUCUUUGGGGUGAACAUCAUACACGCCACCGUCUCGGUAAACGAAAAAAGCGACCUGACAAGGAACUUAGUACUAGUAGCUUCAAUUCCGUAGAUCUCACAGCCGCUAUUCAGGACAUCGGCGACAAUCUCAUAGAAGUAAUCGGCUUGGAGAACUGCUUACACAUGGGGCAGGUGAAGACCGGCCUUCGGCAUUCUGGCAGAAGACUCGCCCAAUGCAGCAGCAUCACCAUAAUCACGAGUAAACGAUUUCCCAUGCAGAUCGACGGGGAGCCUUGGAUGCAGGGCCCUUGCACGAUUCGAAUUACACACAAAAAUCAAGUACCAAUGCUGAUGGCACCACCGCCAGAUAAGAGCAAGGGCUUCUUCCGAUUCUUAAAGAAGUAAACUGAAAUGGCAGUUUUACGCUUUCACAAGAGGAGGAUGGAUGCUGUAUAUUGGGGGAAAAAAAAAAAUCAAUUUCCCACCUGUCUCUAUCCAAUCUUGUCAUCGUCCGGCACGUUUAUUCCUCUUCGUUACGACGGAAAUGUAAUCGGCCCCCCGUCGUAAGAUAGUCGCAGCUUCGAUACUCGUCUAAAACGCGAAGAGCGAGCGUCAACGCGGCUUAGGUAUUCUUGUGUACAGUAUUUUUCAAAAUAAACGGAACUUUGUGUCUUAGUCUUAGGUAUGCUCCGAGCGGUAGGCUCUCUCGACCGUUUUACGUUAGAAUUUCACAAUCAUCUUCCAUUUUCGUUUUUACCCUCAGCUACUGAAGAUAAAAAUACCGAGCGAGAAGUAUAUCGGGAUAUCGCCAUAAUAUCGCCUGUCGCUUAACUCAACUUGCACCUUACUUUCUCAGCUGCGAGCUGCGAGAUAGAACUCCGUUCUAUACGAAUUCGCAUUUGAGCUAUCCAAAGUUUGCAAAGGUGUCGUCUUUCCAGUUAAGAGUUAAAUCACUUCGCGCAAGCACCGGUCGGUCCGAGUUUCGAGUCGGACGUUUCUUACGUGCGCAAUGUCGAUUAACGCAUGUAUCCUACGCGACAAUUAGACACGCUGACACGUGCAAAUUGUGCGGCGUCGUGCAAACGAGAGAAAGAGAAUGAAGUUGUAACAGCCGACUUGGACUUGUUAGCGGAUGUAGACGUGAAUUCUCUCCGAGAUCUAUCGCCGAACAAUUACACUCCUAGCGUAGAAAGGACAAGCGGAACUGAUAGUGCCCCGGACUGGUCGAUAUAUAUUCGUGUGAUACGUGAUAUAUUCCUAAUUCUGGUUCUCCUUUGCACGAGUCCGUCCGUCAAUCACGAGUCACAUACUUUCCUCUCUUAAUUCUAGGUUUUUUCUACCAAAGACAAGAGACGGAAGCUUAGUCGUAUAAAACGCGCUUAGACGUAUCACAAUUACGACUUAUUUUUAUCUUCUUAUUUAUUCGACUAUAUAUUUAUUCACUUAUUUAUUUUCCUCGUAUAUUUUAUGUAAGUCAAAGCAAUAUAUCAGAGGCAUAUCAGCGAACGAGUGCGAUUGUGUGGCGCAUUGUAACGUUCAGUUGUUAAUAUUUGCGAGAAAACACGAGUCGUAAAAUUGUUGAUGUAAGUUCCAUCGUUGAUAGCGAAUAUGUAACAUGCGUUUUUGCGCUGCGUUUAUUACUUUCGGUAAUUGCGAUCGUUACUUGCCUACAUACGUUCGUUCACACACUUUGAGUACCUGCAUUUCAUGUUGGCAGACAAUUAUAGUUACAACUAACUACACAACUCCUCUCUCUCUCUCUCUCUCUCUCUCUCUCUCUCUCUCUC